AUGCCCUAUCAAUCUCGCUGGAAAAUCGACGUCCCUGACGCUCAUCUCGCAUCGCUCCUCCUCCAAUCCCCCACAGCACCACUCUCCACCACCAAGAAAUGCUUUAUUGACGCGGACCGCCCAGAUUCCCACUUCUUCACCCCCCAUACUUUCCGCCUCUGGAGUCAGCGGUUCGCCGCCGGCCUCCGCAACGCAGGCCUGCAACCCGGCGACCGCGUCCUCCUCUUCUCCGGCAAUAACCUCUUCUUUCCCGUCGCCCUUCUAGGCGUCGCUAUAGCCGGCGGGAUCUUCACUGCCGCAAAUCCCAGCUAUGUCGCUCGCGAACUAGCAUUUCAGCUCGAAGACAGCGGCGCCACGUUCCUGCUUUGCGCCCCUGGAAGCCUAGAUACCGGCAUCGAAGCAGCGCAGCUCGUCGGCCUACCCAAAGAGCGACUCUUCGUCUUCGACACCGCAUUGUACGACGGUGCGGGGGCGCCGCAGCAGGGUUGCCCCUACUGGGGCGACCUCGUUGCGUCCGCGGAAGAAGGUCGCGGCUUUGCGUGGGAGGAUUUGCGGACGCCACUGUUAGCUGAUAAGACGAUUGUGCUGAAUUACUCGAGCGGGACAACGGGAAGACCGAAGGGUGUCGAAAUCACGCAUAAGAACUACGUGGCCAACAUGCUGCAGUAUUCGUUUCUGGGGACGCUGAAUCCGGACUACGAGAGUCGGCGGGCGCGGGCGCGCUGGCUGUGCUUCUUGCCGAUGUAUCAUGCGAUGGCGCAGAAUAUAUUCAUCGCCGUGGCGCUGUGGCGCGGGACGCCGGUUUAUAUUAUGCCGAAAUUCGACUUUGUGAAGAUGUUGGAGCAUGUGCAGCGGUUCCGGAUCACAGAUUUGACGCUUGUGCCGCCAGUGAUGGUGAUGAUGGCGAAGCAUCCUAUUGUCAAGAAAUUUGAUUUGAGCUCGGUUGAGACGGUGGGCAGCGGUGCGGCACCGCUAGGACGAGAGGUUUGUACGGAGGUGGAGAAGUUAUGGCCGCCGGGGAAGAUAAACGUGAAGCAAGGGUGGGGAAUGACAGAAGCGACGUGUUCUUUGCUUGGAUGGGAUCCUACCGAGACAAGUACGUCCGCGUCUGUGGGUGAGCCUAAUGCAAACUGCGAGGCUAAGAUCAUGGAUCUGGACGGAAUCAGGGAACUAGGCCGCAACCAGCAAGGCGAACUGUGGGUACGAGGGCAGAAUAUCAUGAAGGGCUAUUGGAGAAAUCCCGAGGCGACGCGUGAGACUAAAACAGCCGAUGGAUGGCUCAAGACGGGAGACGUCGCCUAUGUGGACGACGAGGGCAAGUUCCACGUCGUGGAUCGGUUGAAGGAACUGAUCAAGGUCAAAGGCAACCAGGUGGCGCCUGCGGAACUCGAAGCGUUGCUGCUGGAACACCCCGCCGUGGCGGAUGUGGCAGUGAUUGGUGUCUCUGUCGACAACGACGAGCGACCCCGUGCGUACGUGGUGUUAUCGACGGGCCAAACCGCCAGCGCGGAGGAGAUCACCGCAUUCCUGAAUGGCAAAGUCUCCUCGACGAAGCGGAUCACCGGCGGAGUUGUUUUCCUCGAUGCGAUCCCUAAAAAUCCUUCGGGGAAGAUCCUGCGCAAAGUCCUGCGCGAGCAGGCACAGGCGGGGCUGAAGAAGCAAGGUGCCACAGCCAAACUGUAG